CUCAAAAUGGCUGCUUCCAUGAAAAAAGGCAUGUCAGCGAAGAAAAGGAAACUUGGAGAUCUGAGUGUGGAUGAGUUUAUGGCUGGAAACAUGGACUCCAGUGACUCAGAGUCAGAUGCUGCUGUCAGCACCAAACAGAAGGCUAGUAACAAGAAGAGGAAAGACAAAAAACUAAAGUCGACCAAGUCAGUGCCAGCUAUGAAAGGUGACCAUGGUGUGAUGUUGAAGCACAAGACAUCCCUGCAGAAGUUACAGGCCCAGGAUCCCGAGUUCUACGCGUUCUUGAAGGAUGAAGAUGAAUCACUGCUCCAGUUUGGUGAAGCAUCAGAUUCAGAUGUCACAGACAGCAGUGAAGAUGACAAUAGCAAGUCAGACGAAGUGGGUUUAGACAUGGAACUUGAGGAAAAUGGUGAUGAUGAUCUGGAAAUUGAAUCGUCUGAAGCUGAUGAUGAUGAUGCGGAUGACAGUGAUGAAGAGGGUGUUGAUGAUGAUGAAGAUGAUGAUAGUGGUGAUGAAAUUAAUCAAGAAAAGGUUAUGAAGUUCCUUGAAAAGAAAAAUCUGGAAGAAAUUGCAAAGAAAAAGGCAGAACUUGCUGACUUUGAUAGAAAGAAAAAAGAAAAUGAUGGGAAGAAACAGAAAGGAAAUAAUAUUGAUAAACCAGCAAAAGAAAAGGGUAAGAAAAAGAAGGUUGAGGAAGCUAAGAAGAAUGAAGAAGAAACCACUAAAAAAUCGAAAGACAAAAAGAAGAAAAAUGCUGAUAAAAAGGAAGAAAUUGUUGAAAAGGUUGAGAAAGUAAAGAAAUCUGAUAAAAAACUUAAACUUGAGGUUGAAAAGAAGAAGAAAGGAAAUAAAGCAGCAGUUACUGAGGAGAGUGACAGUGAAGAAGACAUGGAUGAUGAGGAAAUCAAGUUUGACAUGGACUCAUCUGACUCAGAUGAAGAAGGAAUGGUCCACACGUUACCUGACGAAUUAGAGGUGAUGACUGACAGUGACGAGGAAGUGGGUGGGACAGAGCAGAGAAGUGGGCGUGCCUCUGUGACGAGUGCCAUGGUGAAACAGUGGACCAAGAGGUUCAAGUCCCAACCGUCACCAGCCCUGCUUCACGAGGCAGUUCACGCCUUCAAAGCUGCCGUUCAGCACACCGCCACUGAGUCCGCAGCCACCAAAUAUAAGGUGGAGGGAGCAAAAGUGUACAAUGCUGUGGUGCGAAUGUGUCUAAUCGAGAUACCUGGGGCGCUACACAAGAUUCUUUCCCUGUCAACUACGCCUGAUUUACAGAAACCCAUUCUGCCCUCGACUAACGAUCAGAAAUGGCGGAAAAUAAAAGUGGAUGUGAAAUCUUAUCUGGCAGAUGUUUUGCAGCUGAUGACAGGCCUAUCAGAGAGCAAUAUGGUGAACGUUCUGUUGAAACACGUACAUCGGCUCAUCGCCUUCUACGCCUGCUUCCCAAAACUCACAAAACUCAUGCUGAAGAGGGUGAUCAAUCAGUGGAGCUCGGGGGAAGAGACAUCUCGUAUCCUGGCAUUCCUCUGUGUGAACCGGAUGAUCAGGGUCAACCAGGAGGCUCACCUCGAGAACUGUGUCAAGCAAAUGUACAUGGCAUAUGUUCGUAACAGCAAGUUCACGUCCCCCAACACCCUGCCGCUGAUCAACUUCAUGCAGCGGUCAUUUGUGGAGAUCCUUGUGCUGGACUACAGUCUGGCGUACCAGUAUGCCUUUAUAUACAUCAGGCAGCUGGCAAUACACCUCCGUAAUGCCAUCACUACCAAAAAGAAGGAGUCAUGCCAGGCAGUGUACAAUUGGCAGUUCAUCCACUGUAUCGGACUGUGGACCCGGGUGCUGUGUACCAUGUACCCUAAUGACAUCAUGGAGCCCCUAAUCUACCCCCUAACCCAGGUCAUCAUAGGGACCAUCAAGUUGGUUCCAACACAGCGUUACUACCCGUUGAGGUUCCACUGUGUACGAGCCCUGACGGAGAUCUGCAAGGCAACGCGCACCUUCAUCCCUGUUCUUCCUUUCCUCAUGGAGGUGUUCGAACAAACUGACUUUAACAAGAAACACAAGAACAUCAGUCUUAAGCCGCUCAACUUUGCCUGUAUCCUGAAACUCUCCAAGACACAGCUCGUAGAAAAGGCCUUUAAGGAUGGGCUUAUUGACCAGCUGUACGAGCUGUUACUGGAACACUUCAAUGCGCAUGCACACUCGAUCGGGUUUCCGGAGCUGGCACUUCCGGCACUAAUGCAGCUGAAGGACUUCUUGAAGAAGUGUAAGGUGGGAAACUUCACGAAGCAGGUGAAACAGAUUGUAGACAAGGUGGAGGAACAUGUCAAGUUCAUCAACGACCGCCGCCGACACGCCAACAUCAGCCUCACCGACGAUAAGGCUAUUGAGCGAUGGGAGCGGGAGUGUGAACUGUCUGGUUCCCCGAUCAACAAGUUCUAUAGUACGUGGAGGAAACUGAGAGACCGGGAACUAAUGCACCAGAUUGCCGCCAGGGACCAGGUUGUUGACGUGGAACUUCCGGCCAUCAAGCGCCGACAGAAGGCUUCCGGUGAGGAGCGGCAGGAGUUCGGUGCCUUGUUUGACACCGACAGCGAGGACAAUGAUGAAGACUUGACCGAUAGAUUUUUGCCUCCGGAGGAAAAGAAGAAAUUACAGAAAGCGAAGAAAGAACAGGCAGGGAAACAGAAGAAAGCGUCUGCUGACGAUGAUGAGGAUGAUGACGACUACAGUGACUUUGACAGCGAUGAGCUUGAACAACUGGCAGGCUCAGGAGAUGAUGACGAGGACGAGGAGGAAGAGGAGGACAUUGCUAUGAAAAAUGGUUCUAAGCGCAAGCAACAAACUGGUAAUCGUGGCGACGUCGAAGAAGAAGAUGAUGAUGAUGAUGACGAUGAUAACGACAACGACGAUGAUGAUGAUCUUGAAGAUGAUAUUGUUAAAGACUUCACAAUGUCUUCUGAUGAAGACGAUUAAGCCCUAAUAAACCAUUGUUUAAAAAACGCAUUUAAUGUUACCAUGAUAAAUGACAAUUUCAUUUUUUUGCAGAUCUUCCUAUUCAGAAUGUUUAUUUCAUAAUUUCACCUUGAACGUUCGUUCAACUUGACAAGUCAGCGUUGUUGUGAGUUAUAACAGAUGCAUGUAUUUUAAUUAAGAUGGUUUCUUGAACUAUUGUUUUAUUAAUGCAACUUAAUAAAUAAAUGAAUUUUACAAAACAA